CAUUGUUGGGUCAAUAACGGGUCAUAUUGGGCCCCUAAAAAAGGCUUAUCGAUGCUAAACGGGUACUCAAAACAGAAAGCUGAUAAUUCUUCAUGCUGCUUGAAUCCACUAGUCAAUCUUCAUCAUCUUCUUGCCCUAAUAAUCAAGGAACACUAAUUUGAGCUUAAAUGGCAAUCUGUGCAAGUCUUAUCUCCAUAGAUCCUAUCAGAUUCAACUCUAAUUCCGUUACAAAAUUUUCAAGUAUAUCUUCAAGAUCAUCCACAUCAUUUAAGUUUUCCAGAAUCAAAGCUGUACAAGACAACGAAGGAGGACGUAGGCGACUAAUAGACAUCAUUCGGCUCGUACCAGACAUUUCAAGAAACUACUUCAAAAGCCCUUCUAGAAGAACGCUUUUCGGUGGUAUAUCACUUCUUGGCGGGUUUUACGUUGCACAGACGAUAUCCUUGUCGUUUGGAGCUUUAGCUGUGAAUGAUGUAAUUGCGGCAGUUGUUUGCGUGCUUCUUACGGAAUAUGUGACUCGGUUUUAUUACAGCAGACCCAAAGUGACAUUUCCCAUUGCUCUGCUUAAUAAUUUCAAGAUGGGGUUCACUUAUGGUCUUUUUAUUGAUGCCUUCAAGCUUGCAAGUUGAUUAUUUAAAUUUUUUGUAUGUAUUCAAUUGAUUUAAAUGAUUAUAGCAUUGUAUUUGUUAUAUUUAUAUUCAUCAAGAGAA